AUGCGCACUUCAAUCUUCAUCACAGUCUUCGCGCUCAUUCCACUUGCUAUGACAGCACCUUCCCGUCGCCCACCAUUCUAUCCUCGUCAGAACUGUGACAAUGGUACCGCCGACACAACUACUCCUGUAGAGCCCGCGGAAUCCACUGCCCCCAUCUGCGAUCUCAGUGGCGUCGAACAACCGGCCUCCGGCCUUCCACCACCAACAGCCGACAUGUCCCUUGUCCUCAUCGCUCUUGGCCAUGGUACACAAAACUACACCUGCAGCAACGCCACAGCCGUUCCCUCCUCGAUCGGUGCCGUAGCCCAACUGUUCAACGCCUCCUGCGAACUCUCUUCCAACCCCACUGCCAGUACCGCCUCUCUAGGCUCCAUCGAAGAGACCGCGUCUAUCGGUGCACACUUUUUCCUUGACAACACUACACCUGAUUUCGACAUCUUCGGCCUCGGUAACACGGUGGCUAAGAAGAUCGAUGAUGCACCUGCGCCUGAUGCGACCAAGGAUGUAAAGUGGUUGAGGCUCGAAGCACAAGGUACCUCGAGCAGCGAUGUCAAGAUGGUGUACCGUCUCAACACCGUCGGCGGAAUGGCUCCCGCCACAUGUGCUGGUAUGGCGCCUGGACAGGUGGUUACUGUGGAUUACGAAGCACAGUACUGGGUCUACACUUAG